AUGGCAAAAUCAAGUUCCUUUCAACUAAUUUCAUGGCUUGUAAUAUGUUCAGUUUCUACCAUAGUAUUAGCUAGUAAAUCAAGUCAUGAACAUGAAACUAAAGCUGUAGAUGAUUAUCUUCCAAGUUAUUAUCCUCAGCCUCACAAAAACCUCCUAAAUGUCAUUGAUUCGUGUUGGAGAUUGAACGACGAUUGGGCGUCCAAUCGCAAGGCUUUAUCAGAUUGUGCAAUAGGGUUUGGAAGUAAUGCUAUAGGAGGUAAAUAUGGUGACAUUUACGUGGUCACUGACCCUUCUGAUGAUCCUGUAAAUCCUGAACCAGGCACUCUUAGGUAUGGCGUUAUUCAGUCCGAGCCACUUUGGAUCAUUUUCAAAAAGGACAUGGUACUUACACUUAAGAAUGAACUUAUGGUCAAUAGUCACAAGACUAUAGAUGGCAGAGGUGCCAAAAUUGAGAUUUCUAAUGGUCCAUGCAUAACAUUGGACUAUGUUACAAAUGUUAUUAUUCAUGGGAUUAGUAUCCAUGAUUGUAAGCCUAGUAAAAAAGGGAUGGUUCGUAGUAGUCCUGAACAUGUUGGUGAAAGAUUGGGCUCUGAUGGUGAUGCCAUAAGUGUGUUUGGAUCGUCUAAUGUUUGGAUUGAUCAUUGUUAUCUUGCUCGCGCAACGGAUGGCCUACUCGAUGUUACUCAUGCUUCAACUGCAGUAACUAUCUCCAACAAUUACUUCACUGAGCAUGACAAAGUUAUGUUGUUGGGGCACAAUGAUGAAUAUACUGCAGACAGAAGCAUGAAAGUCACGGUAGUUUUCAACCAUUUUGGCCGUGAACUAGUUCAAAGAAUGCCAAGGGUUAGAUUUGGUUAUGCUCAUGUGGCCAAUAAUUAUUAUGAUCAAUGGUUAAUGUAUGCCAUUGGUGGGAGUGCAGAUCCAACAAUAUUCAGUGAGGGAAAUUAUUUCAUUGCUCCUGACAAAGCUUACAACAAAGAGAUCAGAUAUAUUCACUUCUUCAUUCCUUUUCCAAUUUGA